AAUGUGUUCGGUCGCGCUGUCGGGAAAUUAUCGAAAUUACCAAAGAUCCCAAUGAGUUAAUAAAUAAAUAUAAAAAUUUAAUUUUAGUCAUCUGCAGUUACAGUCGUUUGUGAAAAAUGCAGGCUGAAAUUUAUUUAAUAAAUUAUUAUAAACUUGUGCUUUAUUGUCGAUGCAACAGCAAAUAAGUGGCAAAGAAUGAGAGCGCAAAGCAGAUGGCAAAGAGCGUCGCGCCGCAUUGGUGUUGGUUUUGUGUGCGUGUGUGUAUGUGAAGUAGAAAGCGGCGGUAAAAACUUGUAAAAAUCCACACGUAUUAUACAUAUAUCUAUAUUAAAAAAUAAUCUCAUUCUUUACUUCGCUAAAAACGAUUUCAUUGUUUGAAAAAUUUGUAAUAAGUUAGGCCUAUUGCACAGUAGAAUCUGCAAGUCAAAACAAAACAGCCGUGAAACGUAGCCGAAAAACGCCUGCGUGCUUUUGUACGUGCGAGUGUGUGUACGAGCGUAAUAAGAAAGGCACACAGUAAAAAGGCAAAAGAAAAAUAGUGCAUACGAAGGGCAGGCACAAAACGCAAUUGAUGAAAUUUGUGAUUAUCUCAAAUUUGUAUUAACAAAUGGUUAAAUAAUAUAUAAGCCAGGGCUUUAAAACUCCUAAACAAAAAAUAUAAAUACAUCCAAGAGCAACGUAUACAUAUUUGAAAAAAAAGUAUUGGCAUCGAAAAUUUCUAAACAAGUGCAAAUAUAAUUGUGCUUAGUGGAUGUUGCCGACAUAUUUGCGCCUUUUGUUACUCUGAGUUAUUGCAAGUAGCAUCCACAAUUUGGAGGGCGAAGCGCUCCCUUCACUCAAAAUGAGUCGCCUACAAAAACAACAAUCACAACAACAUCAACAUCGCAACCAGUGUGAAAUAGUGAGCAGCAGCACAAGUGGCGCUAAGAACAGACGUAAACAGCCGCCUCCGAGAGCGCUCGAAGAUAUUCAAAUGGUGCGGCCAGCACAGCUCAUCAAUGGGCACACGAUAUCGGCAAAUGGAAAUAGUAAGUCGACGACGACAAAUAAACGACGACGUCAAAGCGAUGAUGAGCCUUUGCAACAGUUGACAAAUGGAACCAGUAGCAAAAAUGUCAAACUGAAGCAUUCACACAAUGCCAUGGAGACAACGAGCAGCAGCUCGGGGUCCUCCAGUGGGCAACGGCACAACAACAAUGGCAAAGCUGUUAAUCAUAAUAACAACAAUAAUAACAACAACAAUAAGAAGCAGAAUAACAAUGUAAGCAACACGAAUGGCAAGCAAUACAACACUUACAGCAACAAGAAAAAGAAGCAGACCGUAAAUACCAAUGCAACAACAAAUACACCAAUGGAAUACAGUUACCGUAAUAACAUAUCCACCAUACCAACGCCGCCCUCACCAGCCUCCCCGGCCUCGCCACCGGCCCAAAAUACAGUGGCGGAUAUUGUUUGUAUUUCGGAUGCGGAGAGCGAGGAGAAUGAAUGCAUCGAAUACUACGACCACGAAACGGAGGAGGAUAGCGACCUGGAAAUCGAUGAAUCGCCCACCACUAGCAAUAGCAAACUACAACACAAUAAGAACAAUGCGGCGGCGGCAGCGGCUGCAGCAGCAGCAGCAGCGGCGGCGGCAGCAGCCGCCACAACACCCACAACAUAUACAAUGCCUACAAGCAACAGCACACCAUUGGAUCUGGAAAAUGAGGCGCAUCAGCGGGAUUUGGAGAUCGUGACCGACCUGCGUUCUUAUGUCAAACUUUAUAGCGAUGAGCGCGUGAGCUUAAACGAUUUUAAAAUCAUUCGCGUUCUUGGCACGGGCGCGUAUGGACGAGUUUUCUUGGUUCGCAAAUUGACCAGGCACGAUGCAGGCAAACUGUAUGCGAUGAAGGUUCUCAAUAAGAUAACCGUUGUGCAAAAGCGCAAAACGGCAGAGCACACAAAAACAGAGCGAGUGGUUCUCGAAGCAGUGCAACGGAGUCCGUUUCUGGUUGGGUUACACUAUGCUUUCCAGUCAUCAUCGAAACUCUAUCUAGUGCUUGACUUUGCUAAUGGCGGAGAGCUGUUUACGCAUCUCUACCAUGCGGAGCAUUUCGAGGAGGCGCGCGUGCGUGUUUAUAUCGCUGAGGUGGUACUGGCGUUGGAGCAGCUGCAUCAGCUAGGCAUUAUUUACCGGGACAUCAAACUGGAGAACAUUUUAUUGGAUGGCGACGGUCACAUUGUGCUAUCCGAUUUCGGCCUGUCCAAAAUACUCACCGCCGAAAAUGAAUAUCGUGCGCACAGCUUCUGUGGCACACUGGAAUAUAUGGCGCCGGAGAUAAUACGAACUGGGCCUCCGGGUCAUGACAGUGCCGUCGAUUGGUGGUCGGUGGGUGUCCUGACUUUUGAGCUGUUGACGGGCGCCUCACCAUUUGCUACCUCUGAUGGUCAGAGUCAACAAUCGGAGAUCUCACGUCGCAUACAAAAGGAACAGCCAUUGAUUCCUUCCACAUUCAGUGCAAACGCUCGAGAUUUCGUACUAAAAAUGUUGGAGAAGAAUCCGAAACGACGAUUGGGCGGCAAUCAUAGAGAUGCCAGCGAAAUCAAGGAACAUCCAUUCUUCAAUGGUAUUAACUGGCAGGAGCUGCGCGGCAAGCGUCGCAAAGCGCCCUACAAGCCAACGCUCAACGCCGAGGACGACGUGCAAAACUUUAGCAACGAGUUUACCGACCAGUUGCCAGAGGAUCCCGAAUGCGAUGCACCACCCGCACGUAUACGGCUGUUUCGCGGCUACACUUAUGUGGCACCCGAGCAUUUAGAGGAAAUGCGUCGCGACAAUAUGUGCCAAAUUGAAUACUGCAAUCCGGAUCUACAGAACAUACCAUCACGACCCGAUGAUCUAGAGUUGGGCACACGCACUGUGAAGGGUGCCUAUGGCACUUGUUACUUUGUGGUCGAUGCUUCGGAUAUUGUGUUUAUGGCAAAGGUAAUACCGUUAUCAAAGUUUCGAGCAUCCGAAGUGGAUGCACUCACAUCAUGUGCGUUGGACACUCAUUGCCACCGCAGCAUUGUCAAUUAUCAUGGCGCGUUCCGUGACAAGUGUGAGGUAUGGAUAAUUCAGGAGUAUUUGUGCGGCGAGGAGCUAGCCAACUAUCUACAGACCAGAACGCUUGAUGAAGAUAGCUGUCGCAGAAUCUUUCUGCAGCUGGUGCAAGCUAUUCAGCAUGUGCACUCCAAGCAUUUCAUACACGGCGACCUCAAGCCAGAGAAUAUUGUGUUCGUAAGCCGUGACAGCCUGGACGUCAAGCUGGUGGACUUUGGCAAUGCCUGCUACAACAGUCGAUUCCAGAAUUGGCGCGAUAAGCCACGCUACACGCUGGACUAUGCGCCACCAGAACUGUUGCUGGAUCCCAACGUAGUUACCUACUCGCCAGCUGUGGAUGUUUAUGGUCUUGGCGCGACGCUCUACACAAUGCUUGUGGGUCAUGCGCCUUAUCGGCAGUACCAGGGCGAUUGCGAUCACAGUCCUGAAGUGCAUCACAAGUUACGAAAGCGAAUCCAGCGGGAUUCGUUUAAUCAGCGCUCCAAGCGCUGGCUAUGUGCCAGUACGGAGUUUAAACAGUUGGUUACUUGGUGCCUGGAAAGGAAUCCGGCUACACGGCCUCUAUUAAGUGACAUACUCGAGAGUGAAUGGAUGCAAGAGAACAACGAUCCUGAUGUAGACAUAAUCGCACCGCCUGAACAGAUUUUGGUCGACUUAAGUGAAGACACUAUGGAGCAGCCAGUUGAACUGUCUAUCAAGCUGGAAAACCAAAAACAAUUGCUGCUGGCAAUGCAACAAAAGUCAUCCGCAGAUGUCGGUGUGAAUGUCGACAUAGCGAGCAGUGGCAACUUUGCUGAAGAGCUGUUAGUAGAGCCAACGACCAACGAGGAUGUUAUGCAGGUCGUGCAUGAUCCGGACUUUGAUGCACUUACCGAUUUUCAUGGCUUUGAUGAACUUGCGCCGCCACUACGACUGCCCUCUGAGUAUUACACUGAGCUACCGCUCCCACAUUCACAAGAGUGUAGCGUUACUACUCAUCCAGAGCCAGUAGCUCCUAUGCUGCCACCUGUUGCACUCCCAACACGUGCGCCACCUGCAAAGAUCCUACCUGUGGAGGACAAUAAACGUCCACGCACUCGUCAACAGCGCCGUACCGAACUACGACAAACAGCUGGCACGCCGCCGGCGGAAGAAGACUCAAAGGCUGACCUGUAUCUGCUGAUGCAGCACCUGCCGCCAGUAGUGGAUGUGUUGCCAGUUGUAAAACCACGUGCAUUGCCUGCGAGCAAUCGUCAGUCGCCGCGUCCACUGAAUGAUCUAUGUGGCUUUGGCAAGACGAAGGGCACAUGGCGCAAAUCACGCGCCAGCUGGCGUCACUUCUGUCUGCUGCUUAAUGGUGUUCAACAGGUGCUCAAGCAUCGCUUUAAGAAGGAGCGACGCGUCUACUGUUCGCUCAGCAUUAAGGCGGAGUGCCCGGACGAGGCGUAUGAGAAACCGUUAAUAUUCCCGCGGCCAAGGCCGCCAGCGCUGCGCCGAGUCAAGCGACCGCCCAAGGUACCACGGCCACCCACGCGCGUGCAGCCAGAGCGAGCGCGUGCGCUGCGUCAGCGUUAUGUCUUUGAAUGACCCACGUUGGACACGAAAGACGAGCCGGUGGCAACAGCUGCGCCUGUCAUCGAAGAGGAUGAGCGGCGGCUGCUGCAGGCGAUGCUCACGCCGGCCUGUGCACGGCGCACGGAAUGGCAAAGGCAAAGACAGCAGCAGCGCAGCUGACAACAGAUAUUGACUAUAACUAGGACAAGAAAAACGCUGGACGGAAGACGAUUGAGACGGCGCAACCUGAUGGCAACAAUUUAGUAAAAGAAAAAAAAAAGAGGAAAACAAAAACAAAAAAACACGCAUAUGUGGAGUCAUGCUUAAAUGUAUAGAUGAUGUUGAACGUGGGUCUAACGGGUGGAUCAAUGAGCAGCACCAAAGAUCCUGUCAGUAGAGAUUUAAAAGUUGUUAUUGUGUAAAUUUUAAGCAUAAGUUGAAUUUGACUUUGAUUUAUUAUUGGAAUAUCAAACUCCGCACACACACACCCACAACAUUUUAAAUUGCAUUGUUGGAUUAGUAAAUUGUUUUUUUUAGCGUAUUGUACAGAGUCAUAAGGAAAGAAACAAAAUUUGC